AUGCAGAACCUCAACGCCGCCAGCCUGGCCGUGGCAGUCACCGCCCUGCUCGCGGCCCUGCCUGGUGCUCAGGCCGGCUUGUACGCAAAGAACUCGCCCGUCCUGCAGGUCACCGCCAAGACCUAUGACCAGCUCAUCGCAAAGUCGAACCACACCUCUAUCGUCGAGUUCUACGCUCCCUGGUGCGGGCACUGCAAGAACCUGCAACCAGCAUACGAAAAGGCGGCCAAGCACCUCGAGGGCAUCGCCAAGGUCGCCGCCGUGGACUGCGACGCAGACGAGAACAAGGCGUUCUGCGGCUCCAUGGGCGUCCAGGGCUUCCCCACCCUCAAGACCGUGCGGCCAGGCAAGAACAAGGGCUCCAAGCCCAUCGUCGAGGAGUUCCAGGGACAGCGUACCGCCAAGGCCAUCGUCGACGCCGUCAGUGACAAGAUCAACAACCACGUCACGCGCGUCACGGACAAGGACUUUUUGAGGUUCCUGGCCAAGGACGACAAGCCCAAGGCCAUCCUGUUCACCGAAAAGGGCACCACCAGCGCGCUGCUUAAGAGCCUCGCCAUCGACUUCCUCGACGUUAUUCACAUUGCCCAGGCGCGCAACAAGGAGGCCGAGAUUACCGAGAAGUUCAACAUCAAGAAGUACCCUACUCUUGUGCUACUCAACCCAGAGUCCUCCGAGCCUCUUGUCUAUGACGGCGAGAUGAAGAAGGCGCCCCUGCUCAAGUUCCUGUCACAGGCUGGCCAGCCCAACCCGGACCCCCCCGUCAAGGCCAAGAAGGCGCCCAAGGACAAGAAGCCAUCCUCGAGCUCGAAAGAGGCCAAGCCGUCCGAGUCCUCGGCUGAGGCGACAGAGCCGUCCGAAUCGCCCGUUGCCGCCGAGAAGCCUGCCGAGGUCGUUAUCCCUCCCCUCGAGACACUGGAGACUGCCCAGUUGACCGCAAAGUGCCUCAACACCAAGUCCAAGACGUGCAUAUUGGCCUUCGUGCCAUCUGCACACAGCGGUGCAUCUGACGAGGUGCUCGACAUCCUAGCCAAACUCGCUCACAAGCACUCCACUCAGAACCACAAGCUUUUCCCCUUCUACGAGGUCGACAUUGACGCCAACCGGGACGUCAUCACCACUCUUGGCCUCCAGGGCGCUGCUAUGAUUCUCGCCGUCAAUGGCAAGCGCAACUGGUGGCGCCAGUACGAGGGCGAGCUCACUACUGCCAACGUCGAGGCCUGGAUUGACUCGAUCCGCCUCAACGAGGGCAAGCGGUACAACUUCCCCGAGGGAUUCAUUGGCGAAGGUGCUGCGGCUGCAUCGUCUUCCAGCACAGCCACCGAGGCGGCGUCUGAGGUGCCGACCGAGACCGUCAUCGUCCACAUGGAGGAGGAAGUGGAUGUCCAGAUUGAGCCCGAGACCGACGCAGACCCUUCGCUGGCAGGCACGAUUCACGCCCAGCCAACUGCCGAGGAGAAUGCCCACGAUGAGUUGUAA